CGCGCGGCGAGGGGUGCACGCACGGCCCCGACGCGGCGCUGCUCCUGAGGGCGGGGGAGCUGGGGGCUGUACCUUGCGGCUCCACCGCCUGGUACCGCCAGGACGCGGGUCCCGUGUGCAGCUGGCCGCGAAAGCCGCUGCCGCCCGAGCCUUGCACCAGUCCCCCCGCCCCAUGGCCCUGGGCGCGCCACUCGGAGUUCCAGCUUCCAGAGGAGGCUCCGGCAGGCGGCCAACGCUGGGCAGGCAGCCCAGCCUCGGCGCUCCGCCUAGGCUGCGACCUCGAGUCCUCGGCCCACGGCAGCCACGCCCAGGGAGCCGCGGAUCCCUGCUCCCCCUGGGCCCUCGCCCACCCCGGCCCAGGAGGACGACCCGCCGCAGGACGGUGAGGCCCUUUGCGGCCCGCCCCUCCUGGCCCGAGGCAGUUGGGGCCAGGACCAGAAGACUGGGGGCGGACGUGGCGAUCCGGAGAAGAGCUGUAGAGGAUGAGCAUCCGGAUGAAGAGUGGAGAGAGAGGAGGGGUGCCAACCCCAGCCCCACUGCGCAUCUUUCUGCAGGUUCUCUUGUCCUUUGGCGAGGAUUCUCCAAGGCGUCUCAACACAUGGGCCGGCUCAGAAACGCCAAGAUCCACGUGGAGAGAGCUAUCAAGCAGAAGAAGAUUUUCAUGAUCCAAGGCUGCUACCCUGUGAUCCGGUGGCUUUUGCGCCGGAGGGGCUGGGUGGAGAAGAAGAUGGUCCAUCACUUGGGUACCACGCUGCCACCACCACACAAGGAUCUGGGUGACAGUGACACCACUGAGGAUGAGGACGAAGAUGAGGAUGAAGCAUUCCGGCUACCACAGCUGUUCGACUUCGAUGAUUUACUGGAAUUUGAUGACCUGCAUGGGACGCAUGCUCUGAUGUCGCGCAUGGUUCGGAACGAGAUCCCCUACUUCAUCUGGACCACUCGGCGGAACAUGCUGGACUGUCGCUUCCUCUCCAAGGAUCAAAUGAUAAACCACUAUGCCCAGGCGGGCUCCUUUACCACAAAGGUGGGUCUGUGUCUCAAUCUCCGGAAUUUGCCGUGGUUUGACGAGGCCGAUGCCGACUCCUUCUUCCCGCGCUGCUACCGCCUGGGGGCUGAGGAUGACAAAAAGGCCUUCAUAGAGGACUUCUGGCUGACAGCUGCCCGCAACGUUCUCAAGCUGGUGGUAAAGUCAGAAUGGAAGUCAUACUCUAUCCAAGCAGAAGAGGCAGAGGCCCCAGGAGACAAGCAGCCCAAGAAACAAGAGAAAAAGCCGGUGACGGUGUCCCCAGAGUUUGUGGAUGAGGCUCUGUGUGCCUGCGAGGAGCACCUUAACAACGUGGCCCACGUGGACAUUGACAAGGACAUGGAGGCCCCGCUCUACCUGAGCCCUGAGGGCUGGUCCCACUUCCUCCAGCGCUACUAUCAAGUGGUCCACGAGGGGGCAGAACUCAGGUACCUCGACACUCAGGUCCAGCGCUGUGAGGACAUCCUGCAGCAGCUGCGGGCCGUGGUGCCCCAGAUGGACAUGGAAGGAGAUCGCAACAUCUGGAUCGUGAAGCCGGGAGCCAAGUCCCGUGGACGAGGCAUCAUGUGCAUGGACCACCUGGAGGAGAUGCUGAAGCUGGUGGAUGGCAAUCCUAUGAUGAUGAAGGACGGCAAGUGGGUGGUGCAGAAGUAUAUUGAGCAGCCCCUGCUCAUCUUUGGCACCAAGUUUGAUCUGAGACAGUGGUUCCUGGUGACCGACUGGAACCCGCUUACUGUGUGGUUCUACCGCGACAGCUACAUCCGCUUCUCUACACAGCCCUUCUCCUUGAAGAACCUGGACAACUCCGUGCACCUGUGCAACAACUCUAUCCAGAAGCACCUGGAGAAUUCGUGCCACCGACACCCACUGCUGCCCUCAGAUAACAUGUGGUCAAGCCAGAAGUUCCAGGCCCACCUGCAGGAGAUGGGGGCCCCGAACGCCUGGUCCACCAUCAUCGUGCCUGGCAUGAAGGCUGCAGUGAUCCACGCCCUGCAGACCUCCCAGGACACCGUGCAGUGUCGGAAGGCCAGCUUCGAGCUCUAUGGUGCUGACUUUGUGUUCGGUGAGGACUUCCAGCCCUGGCUGAUCGAGAUCAACGCCAGCCCCACCAUGGCACCCUCCACGGCUGUCACCGCCCGGCUCUGUGCCGGUGUACAGGCCGACACCCUGCGUGUGGUCAUCGACCAGCGGCUGGACCGCAGCUGUGACACGGGGGCCUUCGAGCUCAUCUACAAACAGCCUGCCGUGGAGGUGCCCCAGUAUGUGGGUAUCCGGCUCCUAGUAGAGGGCUCCACCAUCAAGAAGCCCCUGGCGAUGUGUCACCGGCAAAUAGAAGCCCGCCCAGCCCUCCCUCACCUGCUGACCCAGCGAGGCUCUGGGGAAGGCAAGGACUCGGGAACCCUUACCCACAGGUCAGCUUCUAGGAAAGUUGCUGGGGCCAGGAGCCUGGGGCACACUGAGAAGCCAGACUCCGCUGCCACCACCUCGGCCCCUGGAAAGGGGAAGAAAGGCAAGGCGAAAAGUGCCACAGCCCUGGUCCGCCCCAGUCUCCGGAAGUGGGACCCCCCGAGCACGAUGAUGGGCUGCAUUUUCACCAUGACCUUUGCUAGUGGGGACAGGCAUCCCCACCCCUUGAACAGAUUGCCAUUGAGUCUGAAGAACCCCCGGGCCCUGGCCCAUCACCACUUCCCCACCCUCCACAGCACAGCCCAGCUGCCUUCUCCCCGUGUGCUCCGACCCCAGGGGCGGGGCCUCAGACUACAGCACAGCAGGCUGGUGGGCUCUGAGGCCCUGUCGACCACAGGCAAGGCCUUGAUGACUCUACCUACUGCCAAGGUUUUGAUUUCCCUCCCACCUAACCCUGAGCUCAAGCUGGCACCCAACGCCCUGAAACCAAGAAAGGUGGGCCUCAAACGGUGACCCAUACCCUGGUGGGCAAUGCUGAGAACUGGGGUUAGGGCUGGAAGGGCAGAGGUAGAGGGUAGCUCCCAGGCUGGCCUGAGCCCCAAGGGAAGGGCUUGUAUCCCUCAGAACCCCCUUCCUGAACAGAUUCCUGAUCUUCUCUCCUCCUUUCACACCGAGGCUCUUGCUCCCCAGUGCUUUCAUGGUCCCCCACUUGGAAGUAACUUGUGGUCUCAACGCUUUGAAGUUGGAAAUCUUCCUAGCACCCGUAGGAAGAUCAAGGCCAAAGGCAACUUCAAGGCCAGACUCUGCGACAAACCCAAGGCUGAGACAUGCCUCAUGGCGACACUGAGCCUUCCGGGACCCCUGCCCCUUAUCAGUGCACACCAGGGUCUGGGGGGCAUGAGGGACGUGUGGCUACAGAAGUCCUUGCUUCGAUCGUCACUGCCCUUAUCCUGGA